ACCGCACAUUGCGCAUUGCACAUCUACCAUCCCCCCCACCACCACCACUCCUCCGAACCUCACUUCAUCCUCAUAACCACCACCACAACCACCACCACCAAUUCACAAACAACAUCACCAUUGAAAGCAACGAGAAACGUCAUACCACGAGCCACCAAAAUGACCGGACAACCCUCCCUCUACGCCUUCCCCGAUAAUUCCACCCUCCAGAAGACCCUCUACGACUACAUCCUGCGAGCCCAAUCCGCCGCCCUUAUGCGGCACCAAGUGUUCAAGAUUGCCGUCUCCGGUGGUUCCCUCCCCAAACUCCUCGCAUCGCCAGACCUCCUCGCAAGUUCGGACAUCCACUGGGACAAGUGGGAAAUCUUCUUCGCGGACGAGCGUGCGGUGCCGCUCACGCACCCGGACAGCAAUUACGCCCUACUGGAGCAGGAAUUACUCAGCAAGAUACCGAAGACGGGGCCACAACCCACCGUACACCCCAUCGACCCGGGGAAGCUAUCUGACACACAGGACCUAGCGAACGCGUACGAGGAAUCUCUCAUCAGGUCAUUCGCUGCAAAGGACUCGGUCAAGCUGCCCGUGUUCGAUCUGCUGUUGCUGGGAUGUGGGCCCGACGGGCACACCUGCUCCCUGUUUCCUGGUCAUGUGUUGCUGCGCGAGAAGACUGCCUGGGUCGCUGCUAUCGAGGAUUCGCCGAAGCCACCGCCUGAGAGGAUUACGCUUACGUUGCCGGUCGUCACGCAUGCACACAAGAUUGCCUUCGUUGCGGCGGGUGCUGGGAAGAAGGAGGUUUUGAGGAAGAUUUUUGACACCCAUCCUGAGGCGGAGGCCGGGGAAGUACUUCCUUGUGCAUUGGUGAAUCUGGGAGCGGGUGAUAAGGUUAGCUGGUUUUGUGAUCAGGCGGCGGUGGAGGGUGUAUCGUUCCCAAGGAAGAGUUCGCUAUAGUAUUCCUAUGAGUUUUGGCUGAGCGUUGUAUAUCCUUCCCUCUCGGUGGGGGUUGAGUUGAUUUGUUUGAAAACCGAAUAAGCCCAGGAUGGGUGUGGAUGGAAAGCAUAACAGGGGAUUGUGAUAUCAUAGUGUAGCAGCCUUGAUUUCUACAAGUGCUUGCGAUUAA